AGACCCUCUGUUUAUACAUCCAGAAGCGUCUGGAGCCAUGCCACUGAGAAAGAGCAGAGACAAAGAGGUUCAGCCAGCCCAGGCUGACCAUGCAGACGACAGUCCACUCCACUCUGAGGGCGAAAAUGAUCCCAUCACUUUUCUCCCAGUAUCACCUCUAGCAGAACGGUCCUAUGGGAAUCCAGUGUUUAAGGAGAAAGAAGCAGACCGUGGAGGUGACUUUGCUGAAUCAAGUAAUAUGUUUAGAGGUAUGAUGGAACGUCUGGAUUUAGCAUUCAAAGAAAAGAACCAGACUAUGCAGAGGCUGGUUGAGAGUCAAGCAGAAUCCUCCAGACGUCAGGAAGAGAUAAUCAGACAGUGUAUGGAAGACAUGAGACGGGUCUUUGAGGAAGGCACUAGGGUGAUGCGAGAAACUGGGGAAGAAAGUCGCAGAACACUGCAAGCUGUUUCAGAACAAGUGGUUGAGCAAGUGCGACAGCCCAGACCUGAGAUUCCUCCUCCAGUCGUUGAAAUGCCCAGCACACACACAGACUGCCCAGAGCAUGUUUUUCAGCUUUCAGACUGCAUUUUCCAGAUUUCAGCAAUAGUUUCCAGAUUUUCCAGAUUUUCCAGAUUUUCCAGAUUAGUUCAUAGCCUUAGCCUAGGUUUGUUCAUCAUAUUUUCUCCCACAAAUUCCAAUUUAGAUUAGUUU